AUGCUGCUUCGUCUUCACCACCUCCUUGUCCUCGUCUUCUUCACCUGUGCAGACCUGGCCUGUGUUAACAGGUUACCCUCCUUAGAUGAGGACAGGUCAGAAGACGAAGUGUUUGUGGACGAAGGGGAGGCAAAGUCAUUCUUGGGUCGUCGUCUGCAGUUUAACCGGUUCGACUUUGAGAUUUUCGUCCCUGGUAACUUGGAAAGGGAGUGUUUUGAAGAAGACUGCAACUAUGAAGAAGCAAGAGAGGUCUUUGAAGAUGUCCCAGCUACAAAUAAAUUUUGGAACAAAUACACUGCAGAAAAAGACAAGCGACCCACAAGAGUCGACAUUACUUCCCUUCUGGUGGCACUGAUUGCUGUCGGAGUUAUAUUUGUCCUCGUGGGCCUACUCAGCUGGUAUUUUUGUCCAAGCAAAUGUAAGGAUGACUUCAGUCGAGCAAGCUCAGUAAGGGUUCGUCCCAGGAGGAGCAACGCCUCCGUCAUAAUACGUCGGUUAGAGGAAGUGUCUUUACAGCCUGUGCUCCCACCUCCGCCUCCAAUGGAUGAAAUCGAACUCCCGGGACUGCCCUCUUAUGAGCAGGCCAUCGCAAAAAGCGGGCAACAUGAUGCCCCACCUCCACCCUAUCCUGGGUCACGACAUGGAAGUAUUCGUCGGUAG